AUGUACAGACAGUUUUGGGUAACAGAAGCUCAUAGAAUAUUUCAACGAAUAUUGUGGCGCACAAAUCCACAGGAAAAUAUUAAAAUUUUUCAACUUAACACGGUUACUUACGGAACCGUUCCCGCGUCUUUUUUGGCUACUGGAUGCUUACAUAAACUAGCCGAUUCGCAAAAUGUCGACCCUAUAAUAGCAGCGGCUAUAAAGCGCGACUUCUAUAUGGAUGAUUUCUUAGGCGGUACUAAUUCUUAUGAAUCAGCUGUUCAAUUACGAGAUGGUCUAAUUAAGACAAUGCAAUCCGCUGGUUUAGAAUUGCGAAAGUGGAAUUCGAAUAAUGACAAGUUAAUUAAAGAUGUUAUGUCAAUAAAACAAGAUAGUAACGACACGGUCCUCAUUAGCGAUGAUAAUUCGAUAACAAAGGUUCUUGGAUUGAUUUGGAACUCAACCACUGAUACGUUACAAUUUAAAGUGCAACAAAAUAAUUUUACAAUCAUAGGCCGAAUUACGAAACGCGAAAUCUUAUCGGUAAUCGCAUGCUUAUUUGAUCCAUUAGGACUAGUAGGUCCCGCUAUUAUACGUGCCAAGUUGAUGUUACAGCAGUUGUGGCGAUUAAAAAUACAGUGGGACGAACCGCUUCCGAGCGAAAUUCAAGAACAAUGGAUUAACUAUAGAAACUCUUUGUGUGUAUUAAAUAACUUAAUUAUACCUCGACAAAUUACGUGUAAAAACGAUAUCGUAAAUAUCCAAAUUCACGGAUUCGCAGAUGCGAGCAUCAAUGCGUAUGGUUGUUGUUUAUAUUUACGAUGUACAAAUGCAGAUGGUGUGCACACUUCAAAAUUAAUAUGUGCAAAAUCCAAGGUGGCACCAUUAAAGAUCAUAUCUUUACCUCGAUUAGAACUAUGCGCGGCGCUUUUAUUGUCAAGAUUAUCGAGUAAAAUAGUCCCAAAAUUAAACUUGAAAAUUAGUAAAAGUUAUUUUUGGUCUGAUUCGAAUAUUGUUUUAUCAUAG